AUGAUUCGCAGGCUACCCAACAACUUCCUUGGAUGGAUCAAAGUGUUGCACUCGAUCACUGGAGACGAGGUCUUGCAAGUUGCCGGGCUGGACUCGUACGUUUUCUUGUGCUUCUUCCGUAUGGGGAUCAGAAUCUUUUUAUCCAUGACUGUUGCAGGUUUGCUGGUUCUUAGUCCAGUAAGGUACUUUCUAACCGGGACAUUUGAUAAGGAGUCUAAUCGGAUGGAGAUGUUUUACAAAGUGAUGACCGGGUCGAUCAGAACGGCCGCCAAACACGACGAUGCUGAUCCAACGGGUUACUUAAUAGUGUGCACCAUCUUCACUUAUGUUUUCACCGCGAUUGUCUACUUCUUCCUGUUCAAGGAGACUGCUCAUAUCAUCAAGACCAGACAACGCUGUUUGGGUUCGCAGAGAUCAGUCACCGACAGAACCAUUUCGAUCUCACAGAUCCCUGAGUCAUUGAAGAGCGAGGACGCUUUAAAAAAACAUAUUCAGACAUUGGGAGUCGGUAACGUUGAGAAAGUCACUCUUGUUCACGACCACUCCAAACUUAAGGCCCUUUUUGAUCGGCGCAAAGCUACUGUGGAAAAACUGGAACAGCUUUACUCGAGUCAUUACGGGCUGGAAAUUCACAUACUGAAGAAAAUAGACGUUCCGUCUACAAAAGUCAAGCUGGUGACCGAUGAGUGGGACUCAGACGAUGUAUUCCCAUUGUUAAAGGCGUUUGACUCGAAAAACAGAGAAAAAAAGAGACCUACUGGAAGAAUCACCUGGUUUGGACCUAAAGUUGAUCUGUUCGAUUAUUACGGUAAGCAGCUUAUUGAGCUAGAUGAAGCAAUCGUUCAGUUGCGUCGAGAAGCCGACUUCCGCGCCACUUCGUACGCUUUCGUGACAAUGGACUCUGUGAACGAUGCGCAAAUGGCUGCUCAGGCCGUUUUUUCUCCAAAAGUGUUUCAACUGAUCACGUGUCUCGCACCUGCUCCCUUGGACGUCAAUUGGGAUAAUUUACUAUUAAGCUCGAGAUCGGUGUUUAUUCGCAAAAAUAUCGUGGAGCUGAUUAUCAUCGCUUUCAGCAUCUUGCUCAUUAUACCGAUUCGGUACCUGUCAUCGCUGUUGAACGUUAAUGCUAUCAAGAAAAUAUGGCCUGAGUUUGGUGACUACUUGCUCAAGCACGAGUUUUUCAGAAAGAUCGUGACCGGUCUCCUUCCCACCUAUUUGUUCACCUUGAUCAACAUUGCUUUGCCAUAUGUCAUUUCGUUUCUGUCGAAUCUGCAAGGACUAGUUUCCAAAGGAGACGUUGAUCUCUCUGUGACCCGCAAGAAUUUCAUGUACAUCUUUUUCAACUUGUUCUUGGUCUUUACGUUGUUCGGUACCUUGUCCAGCUACAAAGCACUGUUGACUGACACCACUAAAAUAGCUCCAUUGCUGGCAACAUCAAUCAAAAGCUUGUCGUUGUUCUACAUCGACCUGAUUUUGCUGCAAGGACUGGUGAUGUUCCCAGUGAAGCUGCUUCAGAUGGGCGAUUUGGCAUUCAUAUUCUGGCAAUAUGUAAUCUGCCACGCAUGGCAGACCCCAAAGACUUACAGAGACCUGUUUUACAAGCCUGCAAUAUUCGAAGUCGGCUUGAUUCUCCCGCAACACAUGUUGAUUUUCAUCAUCACCAUUAUCUACUCUGUGAUCUCCACCAAAAUCUUGACCUCAGGACUGGUCUACUUUGUGUUUGGCUACUACGUGUACAAGUACCAGCUGGUGUACUCUAUGGUGCAUCCUUACCAUAGCACCGGCAAGCUGUGGCCUAUUGUGUUCCGCAGAGUGUGUCUGGGCAUGUUUUUCUUCCAGUUGCAAAUGUUUGGAACACUGGCCUUGGAACAAUCGUUUAUUCUCGCUGCGCUGGUUGUUCCUUUGCUACCAACCACGAUCAUUGUGUUGGUGUUUUUCAACCGCAACUACGUGCCAUUACUGUUCUACAUUGCUCUUGAUGCAAUCAAGACCUCGGGAGAGUCUGUUGAGACCGACGAUUCCGACGAUAUGGGGUCUCUACUAAGUGCUGCCGAUGGACAACAUACCAAGCCUAGCACGGGCCGCAAGUCGAUGGUGAUAAGAACUCCCUCAGAAACAUCGACUGCCCAGCUCGAUGAUGUGGAGGCGCAGCCGAUCAACGUCCUGCGCAAACGAAGAAGCACCAUCGACGAGACCAGAGAGGCGUUCCAGAAUUACACCUAUCCGUUGCUGGAGGAGGAACUGGACGGGCCUUGGAUCGGGUUCGAAGGCGAUAACAUUGAGAUGGUCCAGUACGACGCCGAGGACUCGCGAAUUUUAUCUACAGUCGUGCACAAAAAGAAUACUCGGAUCGAGUAUGAUUGA